ACAGUCGCGCCAUUUUUGAAACCCAACAUGGCUACCGUGUUGAGCUUUUCGAUGGCUGAAGUGAAGAGAGAUCUGCUUUAUGCAGCAAAGGAAUGUUCUGAUAGGGGACUGGUUCACUCUUCAAAAUGGUCUGCAGAGCUCGCUUGUUCUAUUCCUACACCAACUACCAUUGAACUUUUGCCAAAACACAACCACUACGAUACGCAGUUUACCAAAGAAUACGAUGUUUUUUGUCUGGGCAAAGCUUUGUUUGAUAGCAAAGAGUUUGAAAGAGCAGCUUUCUUUCUGGCGGAGUGUAAAAGUCAUAAGGCCCUCUUUCUGCGUUUUUAUUCAAGUUUCCUGGCAGGAGAAAAACACAAGAAUGAUGAUCAUGUUGAUAUUCUAGGUCCACAAGAAAUAGUCCAGAAUAAAGUAUUGACUACCCUAAGAGAAAAUCUAUCUGAAAACCAUAAGCAUCUUGAUGGAUUUUGUCUUUACCUGUAUGGUUUAGUACUGAAGAAGCUUAACCUAAAAACUGAAGCAUUAGCUGUGUUACUUGAAGCAGUAGCAAAAGAGCCAUUACACUGGGGAAGCUGGUUAGAGCUUGCUUCCCUAUGCACAGAUAAAGACAUGUUGCACAGUCUAACAUUGCCUGCUCACUGGAUGAAAGAGUUUUUCUUGGCUCAUGUUGCCAUAGAAAUACAGACAACUGAAGAAGGCCUGCACAGGUACAAUGAACUUGCUGCUGCUUGCUUUGGAAAAAGCAACUAUGUACUGCUCCAGACAGCACUUGCAAACUAUCAUUCAAGAGACUUUGACAAAGCAGUUGAACUCUUUACUGAGUUACAGAAGAAGGACCCCUUUUCCCUGGAGCAAAUGGACACUUAUUCUAAUAUACUUUAUGUCAAGGAGAUGAAACCAGAGCUAAGUUAUCUUGCACAUCACAUUUCUCAGAUUGAUAAAUACAGAGAAGAAACAUGCUGCGUUAUAGGUAACUACUACAGCCUGCGUGGUCAACAUGAAAAGGCAGUGAUGUACUUUCAGAGAGCUCUGAAGCUCAAUCCCCAAUACACGUCGGCAUGGACAUUGAUGGGUCAUGAAUACAUGGAAUUGAAGAACCCCUCUGCUGCAAUCGAAUCAUAUAGAAAAGCAAUAGAGGUGAACACUAGAGAUUAUAGAGCAUGGUAUGGACUUGGGCAGACAUACGAGAUACUCAAGAUGCCAUCAUAUUGCUUAUACUAUUACAGACAAGCACAGAAACUGAGACCAAAUGAUUCAAGGAUGCUGGUUGCUCUUGGCGAUUGUUAUGAAAAAUUAGAAAAACUGCAAGAGGCUAAGAAGAGCUACUUCAGGGCUAUAUCUGUAGGGGAUGUGGAAGGAAUAGCAGUCAUCAAACUUGCAAGGCUCCAUGAACAACUACAAGAAGAAGAUGAUGCUACCAAAUAUUAUUUACGCUACAUUGAACAAGCUGAUAUUAUAGGAGUUAUAUCUCCUGAGGAGGUUUGCAUUGCAUACAUUUUUAUGUCAAGGUACUAUCUCAAAAGAAAGAAACUUGAAGAUGCUGAAUUGUAUGCCCACAAAUGUUGUGAAUACAGUGAGAGUCGUGAGGAAGGGAAAAGUCUGUUAAGAGAAAUUUCCCUGGCAAGAAGCAGAGGUGAAGGGGAAGCAGACACAUCUGACCUGUAUCAGCAUGAAACAUCUAUAGGGCAUAACAUUACAAGUGUUCCUCCAAACACAAUGUCGCCAUCACUCAAUCCUGUCUCUCCCAUGAAUUUGAACUUUAAUACUCCAUAAAUAUGUUUUGUAAGUACAUGUUAAUACAUUUUUCUCAUGAGAAGAAAAGCAGAAUUCCUGAAGUAGCACAUUUUAGCAUUGGGCAUCACUGCUUCAAGGCCCAUAGCGAGGUUAAAAAUAUUGAGGUUGACUAGGUCAAACAAGUCCAUGCGUUAUUAACAGAACUAAAAUUUUCAGUUUUUAAUAUAAAUGGGGAGGCAGCCUACUUUGUUAAUGGCCUGACUAUCACGAAAUUACUUGCAAUGACAACCAAGCUAUAGAAUUGAGAUGGUAAACAUCAUAUACAAUGUGAUGUUUCUUGCAAGUUUGCACGAGAAAUUGCCUAGUGCAGCAUACCAAAAUCAAGGACCAGGGACCACACUUA